AUGAAAUCUGUAAGCGCUCCUACCCAUUUCAGAUACCUAAGCUUGGUUUUCGCCGUGAGUAUGCUCUCAAUUUUAUUUGUCACUGUACCAUUAAGGAUUCAUUCUUCAAAACGUGAUGAUGUUGCUGCCAUCGAUCCAAUCAACAAAACUCGCAAAUCAUUCAUGAAUAGACGUCUCUUCAAUCAUAACAAAGACGACAAGAAAAAAGACACCGGUAUCUUAAUAAACAAUCAAGAAGCACACGAAUCAGAGCUUCAACGCGAACUCCAUCAACAUUUCGAAGAAGAGAGCGAAGACUGGUGGGAAGUCCAACGUUCAUACGAAUAUCAAACAGCUGACUCUUUGGGUGACCUAUUCUUGGUUGAAGUCGAAGAAGCGCAAGUAAUUCACAAGCAGCACGCACAACUGGAUGAUAUCCAACUUGCUGAGGAUUAUCAAACUCAGGAUGCAUCACAAGAAGUUCUUAAUAUCAAUGAUGGAUUACAGAAAGGAGCGACAAACGCUAACUCAACGGCUAUUGCUGCUGAGGAGAUUGAACAACAUCAACGUGAGGAUAUGUUGGAGGUCAAGCAGUACCAAAAGAUUCAUGUUGUCCAGGUAAACCUUUUUGGAUUGUUGAAAAACGAGUAUGAAGAAGAACGAUUGGUACAGUACGAGUAUUCGUUAUCGAUUGAUGCGUUUAAUGAGUGGGAAUAUUCGGCUUCAGAGGAUAAUCAGAGUGCUGAUAAUUUUGUUUUGGGCAACGCUUAA